UACUACAAAAUUCUACAUUUAUGGAUAGUGUGAGUCCUUUCGGUGGAGGAAUGCUUGUCACCUACUCAUCUUCCUUUAGUAUCUAUCUCAAAAGCCUGUCUAACUAGAGAGAGAAACUGGCCACAGCACCAUAUAUCUGCAGAUUUAUCGAUUUUGAUCUGUGAUUUUUCAAUGGAGGGGCAACAGUGUAAGAUUUGUUUCAAGAGCUUCUCUAAUGGCAAAGCUUUGGGGGGUCACAUGAGGUCCCAUUAUGCCACCCUGCCGCUUCCACCCAAGACGCCGCAGAGACAAGAACUCGGCGGCGACACUGAGUCAACUACUUGUUCACUGUUUUCAGUACUUGAAGAUGUCGAAGAGAAAUUACCGAAGAGCUUGAGGGUUGUAGAUCCAGAAUUCCUUGAUGAUGCAGGCUCGGUUGUUAUUCAGGACAAGGUAACUGAGCCUGAGUCAACCAGGAAGAGAUAUCGAGUUCGGAGAAGUUCCAAGGAAGUGAUCAAGAAGAGAAAUACUGGGUCAUCAACCGAGUCACUGGCAGAGCUAGAAAUGGUGAGCAGACGCAGUUGUGUUUCUGAAGAAGAAGAAGAGGGCGCUUGGUCUCUGAUUAUGCUGUCGAGAGAUGGUUGGAGUUCAAAUGACUCGGUUGAGUCUCAACUCAGUGAGAAAAAGUAUCAAUGUGAGACUUGUGAGAAAGUAUUCAAAUCAUCUCAAGGAUUGGGUAGUCACAGAACGAGUCACAAGACAAGAUGAACAAAAAUUGGUAAAACUUUUAAAGAAAUUGGAAGUUUGUCAAACAGAUCAAGAUUUGAUGAUAUUGCCCUUAAUGUCUUUCCUUUUUAGCCUUCUUUUCCUUUUCUUUUUAGCGCAAACAAGCUCUUGAUAUUGCCCUUAAUUUGCAAAUAUAUUGGUUAAGUUGAUUUUCUCAGUUUU